UCGCCUCAUCUAACGCUUGCAUAAAUUAGUGGUACGAGGAUGAAGUUUAAUAUAUUUCAAGUCUUUUUAAACCAAAUUCGCGAAAAAAAAAAUCAUGUUAAUCUAGGCUUACCUGUACUUAAGUGUCACAAAGCAUACGCAGGUGUGAUUACUAAGAAUGCCCUUCGGACUAACACAAAUCCAACUGCCUUUUAACGGCAAAUGUGAUAACGUAUAAAUUAUCACCCAAAAAUUAUCCCAAAAAUAACAAAGAGAAAAUGAAUUAAUACCGAAUGAAAAACGGAGAGAGAGUGAAAGAAAACGUAAUAAUUCACUAAGGGAAAAAUAAUGUACAGGCGGGGAAACUAAGCCAAACCUGGAGGCCUUAAAAGGGAACGCUUCCACAGGUGUUAAUUAGGGAGAGGCGAGUGAGAGGACCGCGGAGGAAUGCGUUGCGGAGGGAGAGGAGGAAAGGACUAGCGCUGGAGGAGGAGGAGGAGGAGGAGGAGGAAGAAGAAGAGGAAGAGGAAGAUCUGGAUUUGUAGUGAAAAUGGAACCUCCUUCUUUUCUCAACAGUGUCAGGAGAGUGAGAGCAAGGAGCGGCAAGUCCGGGGGUUACUACAUGGCGCACUCCUACCCCCCGGCGCCCCCCAGCCCAAUGCAGGGAUCGCCCCCAUCCCCCGAGGACCCCGCCCCCACUAUCCGCCAGAACGCAUGCAUGGGGAUGGAUACCUGUCUUCCCCGGAGAGGUCCCCUAGGCCCUAUGGGGGAGGGGGCCUGCCUUCCUCACCCCCACCCCUAGUUACGAGGAUCCUUACUAUGGGGGCCAGUACCCAUCACGCAGCGGCUCCGUCACCCCCAUCAUUGACGAGGAGACCAGGUCAGCGUUCUACAGUAUGAGGGUAGAGCAGAUGGAAAGACAGCUGGCAUCUCUGACUGGCUUGGUGCAGAAGGCUCUACACACGGGCGUCGCCACCUCACCCCGGCCUGACCACAUCCCCCUGGCGCCGCCCCCUGCUGUAGCCGCCGCUGCCGCCGCCGCCUCUGCCGCCGCCGCCGCCGCCGCCGCCCAGGCCACCAACGACAGGGGAAAUGACAAUAACCAGCGAACGACUAAUGAUUUUCUUCAGGUCCCUUCUAAUUCCUCGUUUAGCAAGAGUACAGACGACUCAUAUCUUCGGCCUGACACAAAACCUCCAAAAUUGGGCAAGGGGAGAG